CGUUGUGUGUUCCUUGGCUAUAGUGAUAUCCACAAGGGAUAUUUGUGUUAUGAACCCUCCACCCAGCGUCUUCGUAUAUCCUGUAACGUCGUAUUUUUUGAGAACUUGAUGUACUAUUCUAGCCCAUCGUCCACCUCUCCACCACUUUUUGCUACGUCCCUUGGUCCACCGUCUUUUCCCGAUGAUGAUGAUGAACACGAUGUGCUACCCUCCGACUCUCCUCCCACUUCCCCGGGCUCCACAUCGUCCAGUGCCUCAUCUUCGUCUUCGUCCACAAAAUCUUCUCCAGCUGCGUCUCCUAUGGAGGCUCCUGUAAUGCCACGUCGAUCACUCCGCUCUAAUCUUGGGCAGCUCCCUGUUUGGUACCAUGAUUUCGUUACUUAUGGUGUCGAGUCUAUUCCUAUCCCGACUCGUUUCUCGCAGGCACAAGGUAAUCCGUUGUGGGAUCGGGCUAUGGACAACGAGAUUGAUGAGCUCCAUGCCAAUCAUACGUGGGACGUUGUUCCCAGACCUCCGCCUGAGGUCCCUGUUGUCGGCAGUAGGUGGGUCUAUACCCUCAAGAUUAAACUGGAUGGCACUCUUGAUCGUUCUAAGGCUCGCGUGGUUUCCCAGGGAUUCACACAAGAGUAUGGUAUUGAUUUUACCGAGACCUUUGCUCCAGUUGCCAAGAUGGUUACUGUUCGCUCCUUGUUGGCAGUAGCUUCUCUUAGUAAUUGGCCUCUCUACCAGCUGGAUGUGAAGAAUGCCUUCUUGCAUGGUGAUCUGCAGGAGACAGUUUACAUGGAAUGUCCCCCCGGUUAUGCGGCCUGAUAAGGUUUGUCUGCUUUGCCGCUCCUUGUAUGGUCUCAAACAGGCUCCGCGGGCCUGGUUUGAGAAGUUUCAGCAUACGGUUCUUGAGCUUGGUUUUCAACUGAGUCUUAAUGAUCCGUCCUUGUUCACUUGUCGUACAUCUCGUGGUCUGGUUGUCUUGCUCGUGUACGUCGAUGAUAUGAUUGUUACUAGUGAUGAUCCGGAUGGUAUUGAGGCCCUGACUAGUGGUCUCUGCAGCUCGUUUAAUCUUAAGGAGCUUGGCGAGUUGUCAUACUUUCUUGGUCUGGAGGUUCAACGGGUUCAGGGAGGCAUUCUUCUUAAUCAGCGCAUGUACAUUAUUGAUCUUCUUGACUCAGCUAAAUAUAGUGAUUGUACACUGACUCGCUAUGACACAACUCCUAACAAAGGCCAAGUGUAACCAAUGAAAGGGACUGCAGUAUUGACUCACUUCUACUGUCACUCCAGGAAUUGGCCAAGUGAAACCACUUCCUAAAGCGUAGUAUAGCGGGUUUUGGUUUAAUUAUCAACCCGGGUCCUAGAUUUGAUGACUACUCAGUGAAUUCUUGUUAUCUAGCAAUGAAACUUUAAUGCAAGUCUAAGCUAACAAACUAACAAAGCAAGUAAACUGUUGUAUUCAGGUUAAGAGAGGUCACCCGGAUAUGGUUCCCCCUAGACUGCAGUUAAGCCGGAUUGUAAUUACCAAGUUCAGUUUCUAUGAUAGUUAUACUGCGGAAGGUUCUUAGACAGCCUGAAGUCUCGACUAAAGGUCUUCAGACCCUCUCAAUCUGAGUCUCUAGCGGGCGACUAACCUCCACCGGAGUAAACAGAUUGAGGCCUUAACAAACAAAACCUCCACUACCGGAGUAAAUCCGGUACAGAAUAGUGAGUUGGCUCCUCGACUAAAGUCACCAACUCCGUACCUUCAAUCAAGGAUGCUCUAUCAACCUAGGCAGAUAUUCUCAUUAUAGGUUAAAGCAGAAACAACAGGAAUUUGAUCAGGAUUCAUGCCAUUCAAUCAAUCAAACCUCAAUUGAACAUAAUCAAAUCAUAGAUUCAGUACUUGGGUUCAUACAAUCAAAGCCUAACAUACAAAUCUAGGGUUCUCCAUACCCAGAUGAAUGGGAGAACUACUCCAUGGAGAAAGAAGCAAAAGCAGAAUCAGACACGGAAUUCAUAAUGUGAAGGAUGGAUUCCUGCUCCUGGACGUUGAUCGGCACUUCUCCAAGCUCAAACUGGCCUCCAAUGGUGUUGAAGAUCAAGCUAGGGCACUUGGGAACUCUUGCUCGUCACUUUCUCACUCUAUAAAUCGAUCUCUCUCCCUAAAACUCGAAUCCCCUUCUCUUUAGCUGAAAAUAUGCUUAAAAAGGGGAUCAGUGGCCAAAGCACGGUCGAGGGCACGGCCGUGUAAAGCCUCAGCCCGCCCGUGCUUUGGCUAGGGUUAAUUACACGGCCAGUGCAAUGGGGGAAACACGGGCGUGUUUUGGAGAGGACACGGCCGUGCUUUGGUUGACACGGCCGUGCUUUCAGCCCGUGUUUUUAGCCAAUAUUUGCCAAACCGAAUUUGCUCUCGGCAGUAAAAGCACGGCCACAGAACACGGCCGUGUUCUGUUUUAGGUCUGCCCGUGUUUUGGCUCCAGCUCGACGAAAUGACUUCCGAAUGCCCCGAAACUCGUGCUUAGCCUUUCCUUUGACGCCUGGGACCUGAAAUAUGACAAAAUAGCACAACCCGGCGAAAAAUAGGCCAAAAUACACGACUAUGCCUCUCAAACGGAUAAGAAUUAGGGGUGCAAAUACGUGUAAUUACAUCUUUAUCAAGUAUAGUGGCUCAAGUAAUAAAUAUCGAAUCCACGG